CUGACAGGUUGGGUGUUUGAGAACUGAAAGAAAACCUGGCAGUGGAAGCCGACUGGGAGCCUUAACCAGCUUGUAUAAGGGAGUGAGCGCACUGAAGCAGCAGCAGCACACAGCAUUUGCAUCUGUGUGCAGAGGAACGCGGAUCUACCGUACAGUACAUCUGACAGCAUGAGAGCCCUGAUCCUGUUUGUGUGCCUGGCAGUGGGCUGCCUGGCUCAGGAACCACAACCAUGCAGAUCCCCAGCACUGCUGACGGGACAACUCUCUGUGUCCUCUCCGCAGAAGAAGCUGAUGGCCUUUGCCAAGUACAGCUACGACGCACUGGGGGAGCGCAUCCGCAUCAGAGAGAUUGGACAUUAUGGCAAAAAGACCUUCCACCAUGAUGUACUUCUACACUACAGACAGCGUGUCAUGUACAAGAUAAACUACAGGAACCACACAUGUUGCAAGAAGAGACUGUGUGUAGACUUCCACCCGCUGGCGAUCCCAAGGAACUCAACCCUGCUGGCACAGGUGGUGUUAGGCAGCUCCUCUGGACCGGGGGAAGGAGUCCUGGUCAACACCUGGUUGGGAGAGCUACACAUGAAGAAAGAACCCAGCAAACUACAUGAGCACUGUCACAGAGUUUGGAUGUGUCCCUGUCAGCACUGUGUUUCACAGCAACAGAACUGGAUGGGUGGUGACCAGCUUCUUCAACAAUGUCAUCGGCCUAACGGACCCUCAACAGCUCCUCACUCCAGCUAUGUGUAAGCACGCCCAGCUGGAGGAAGAGGACGGUGAGGAACCAGAGAGCUUCUUCAGCUUGUUUUAGAAUAGAAUCAUUUCACAAAUGUAGUGCACUGUGGGGAUGGCUGCUGUACAGUAUAGGACUCUUUGCACUGUGUUUGUUUAGUGGCAGUCAUUUGUGUAGUAAUUCUACAAUUCUACAAUUGGGGCUUUAUGACUGUCUUUUUUGUGCGUGCGUGCGUGCAUGCGUGUGUGUAAUCUUUUACAAAUACUGGUGAAGUGAGAAGUGAUCUGUAUGAUACAGGGUAGAUGUCAAUUUUUUCUGCUUUUGAGGUUUUUUUGUCAAAUAAUAUCUUCUAAUUUAGAUCCUGUCUCCUUAUAUUCACAUAUAACUAGUACAGUUAUUGUAAAGAAAAAAGAAUACUUGUGUU